AUGAAUACGGACGCUUCACCAGUAACUGGCGGUGACGUUCCUCUUGGGGCCCCAGUCCCACCAGACUGCCCUCACGCGCUUCUUUGCUCUAUACCUACAUGGACCGACAUCGUCGAAUACAUGGAUCGCAAAGAACGGGUAGUGAAGACCCUAAAAACGGCAUAUCCACGCUUGAAGCUUCAUACUUAUGUCAAGCAGCUCAGCAAAAUAUGUUCUGAUAUUCAUGGCAAGGAAGAUGAAGAGUGCUUGCUUUUCCCUUCUCUCAAAAACGCGGAGUAUUGCCAGGAAUACGUACUCAAACAUGCAAUGAUGCAGCAGCGGCUCCGUAUUGUGCGCUUCAGCUUACCCCUCUUCGCAGUUCUCUUCCCAUCAUCCUCUUUCCCUCAAGCUCUGCCAUUCUGGGUAUACACCGGGACAGGGAUAUCCACGCGCUUGGCUGAACAUUGCCUCUCUGCCCUGCCAAUAGAAUUGCUUGACACCAGCACUUUGACGAUGCCUCUCGCACCACGCAGUUGGAGAAAUUCCGAGUUCUAUAACGUACAUAGACCCUUGGAGUCGGGUGCGGAGGCCAAGACUGUUAUCAGGAGACUCUUUUCCGGCAUCAUCAAUGAAGGUCCAGAAAACAUACGGGGCGUCCCGUAUAUAUCACCAGACGACGUGUAUCUCUAUUCCACAGGCAUGAACGCUAUCUGGAACGUGCAUCUAAUGGUACUGCACACCCAAUCGAAAGAAACAAAAUGUGCUGCCCUCUUAUAUUCACACACCCACGACGUGCUCGAAAACUGGGGACCCGGAUACCACUUCCUCUCAAACGGCUCCAUAGACGACCUCGAGACCCUACUCGCCCUCGAAUACGCGCGCAACCCCAAUCAGCCCCCCAUUUCCGCAUUGUAUCUCGACUUCCCAGCGAACCCUCUCUUGAGGUCCCCUGACGUUCCCCGCCUGAGAAAACUCGCAGAUCAAUACGGGUUCCCGCUAAUCAUUGACGAGACGGUGGGCAACUUCCUCAAUACACAGUUACUUCCAUACGCAGAUAUCGUUACUUGUAGUCUCACCAAGGUCUUCAGCGGACUUGCGAAUGUGAUGGGUGGCGCCUUCCUUCUCAACCCCGCAUCGAAGCACUAUCCGGCAUUCAAAGCCUACAUGGACACCAACUACGAAGACACUUACUUCAGUGAAGAUGCUAUCUGUAUAGAAGCGAAUUCCCGAGAUAUGAAGCGGCGUGUACGUAUGAUAGACCGCAAUGCAGAAGUGAUAGCCGAUUUCUGCUACGAGGAUUCGUUGAAAGCGGAGUCUGUUAUCAAACAGGUGCUUUAUCCAAAGUAUCAGAUGCGGGAACACUACGAACACUGCUGGUCUAAAGCCACUGAUAAUCCGGGAUAUGGAGGUCUUCUUACGCUGUCCUUCAUCUCUAAUGCUGCCGCAAUGGCGUUUUUUGAUGCCUUGCCAUGCUAUAAAGCUGUCACACUAGGCACAGUAUUUACGCUCGCUGUACCGUUCGCGGAGGCAGGUUUCCACGAUAAACUGGAAUGGGCACAGGAGAACGGGAUUGAUUACGCCUCGGUACGCUUCAGCAUAGGCAUGGAAGAUCUGACAAGCCUGAGGGACGGAUUCAAAGCAGCACUAACAAAAGCGGCGGCAGAACACGUAGCGUCGUUUAAGCAAAAGUGA